AUGACCACGACGGCCCCUGCAUCGCAAGACGAGAAACCUUGGCACGCCCACUUCCCCGCCCCGCGAGAAACUGAUCCCAAAGCCAUCACGCGCGAAGACCUGCUGGAGCGGUUUCGGCAGGGCCAGAGCGGAGGGCGGGACUUUGUCCUCGUAGAUCUGAGGAGGAAUGACCAUGCGGGCGGCACGAUCAAGCACUCGAUAAACCUCCCCGCGCAGACGCUCUACUUCUCGCUCGCGACGCUGUACGAGCUCUGCGCCGCGGCCCACGUCCCGCUGGUCAUCUUCUACUGCGGGAGCUCGCGGGGCCGCGGGACCAGAGCCGCCGGCUGGUUGGCCGAUUACAUCGCGGACCAGAAGGGCAGGGCACAGCUGGAGAGUGUGAUUCUCGAGGGCGGUAUCAAGGGCUGGGUGAGUGGUGGGGAGGAAUAUACAAGGUGGAUGGACGGGUUUGAGGCCGAGGCGUGGAAGAAGGGGGAUGAUGGUGGUGGCGGCCAGUAA